CGUGUUCCACUUCUUCUUCCCGCCAGCUUCACCUGCGUCCUUGCAGAUCAGUGUCGCCGCCGCUUCUCUCCGGUUCAGGGCUGCCGCUGCCGUAUUUCUCCCUCUCGUGCCGCCGGUGACUCCCUUCUACCGGUUUGUACUGGUUUUCUUAUUGGGACUUAAUUUAUUGUGAAUAUGAGCAACAGUGUAGAACGCUACAAACCUCCACCAGAGUUUGAGGAAGACAAAAGGGAAUUUCUUACUGAUAUGUCGUUGUCUAACUGUGCAGAGCUUUGGCUUAUUCAAUCUGCUAACCAAGCCCCGGAUUUUGAUGGGCAAGAGCUUUCUCUUCAACUUCAUCCAGAUGGACAUUUGGGCAGCUUUAAUGGAUCAUCUGGAAAGUCAUAUGAUGUGGUCAGCUGUGUGGCUCAAGAACCUGAGGCUUCUGUCUUUCUACCAUCUUCAUCAGACAGCAAAUUAGUUCGAAAGAUUAUCCGGCGGAUAUCACUCGUGCAUUACCCUAAACCCGAAGAACUCGAAAAGGCCACCCCUUUGAAGUCAGUGUAUAAGAAAUCAUCUGGAAUUUCAUUGAGUCGUCAAACUACCACAUCUAGAGGCCCAAACUCGAGCAGCAGAAGAACAAGCUCUACCCGAAGUAGCAAACCAAGAAGUUCAGUAUCUGAAUUUGAGGAACCAUCAAAGCCUUUAAGUGUUAAACAGAAACCAGAACCGACCGAGUCCAGAGAUCAUUCGCCAAAGGAUUCAUCGAAAAGAAAACGUACACAUUAGCCUAACCAUUCGCCAAAGAAACGAACGAGGUAUCUUCACACUGGUAGUUUUCAUUGGUUUUUGACAGGCUACUAAAGUUUGUCUAUACUCUUAUCUUCUGUUCUUUUCUCUGAUCUGAUAUGCAAUUAAUUGUAUCGAAUUCUUGAUUUUGAAUUCAUAGUAAAUAAUCAUUAAUUCUUCCAUGUAAAUUAAUGAUUUUGCUUUGUGGGAAUCCAAACACAAAUUGGAUUCCUUUUGUUAUUCUUUUCCUGGAAAAGCACCAAUUGUUCAUUAAUGUCUGAGUUGAUAUUAGAUUUCAUGUA